GAACAGAACACAACACAUCACACUUGGCGUGGCGUACAUAUGUAGGUCGCGUUCACCUUUCGGUCUUUGGUUCUCUUAUCGCCCAAAAUAAUAAGUAUUAAAACCGGUUGCGCUUAACAAAUUGGUGUUCAAACGCAUUGGGGGCUCCGCCACAUCGAGUAGUCUUUCCUUCAGCAAGCAAAAGCACAACAUAUAAUCAAAAUGUCGCAGAUCAAAAGUGCUAAAAUCGGAAUCGUUGGCAGCGGUCUGAUCGGACGUUCGUGGUCCAUGCUGUUCGCCUCGGUGGGCUACCAGGUGAUGCUCUACGACAUUCUGCCCGAACAGGUGUCGGAUGCCCUGAAGGCCACCGAGAAGGAAUUGGCUGACUUGGAGAAGAAGGGACUGCUGCGCGGUCAGUUGACGGCAGCUCAGCAAUUCAGUUGCAUUUCGGGCACCAAUGACCUCAAGCAGUUGGCCAAGGGUGCCAUUUUCAUACAGGAAUGUAUUCCCGAGAAACUGGAAUGGAAGCAGGAUCUGUUCAAGAAACUCGAUGCCGUCGUCGAGAGCAACGCCAUCAUUUCCAGCUCGACCAGCACAUUCUUGCCAUCGCUGUUCACCGCCGACUUGAAGCACAAACAUAACACCGUUGUCUCGCAUCCCGUCAAUCCGCCCUACUAUGUGCCCCUGGUUGAGAUUGUGCCAGCUCCAUGGACGAAGCCAGAGGUUGUGCAAAAGACACGCGCCAUCAUGGACGAGAUUGGCCAGAAACCCGUCACAUUGUCCCGCGAAAUUGAAGGCUUCGCCCUCAACCGCAUACAGUAUGCCAUCCUGAAUGAGACUUGGCGCCUGGUCGAGGCCGGCAUUCUCAAUGUGAAGGACAUCGAUAGCGUUAUGAGCGAUGGUCUGGGCAUGCGUUAUGCCUUCCUGGGACCCCUGGAGACAGCCCAUCUGAAUGCCGAGGGCAUCGAAAACUACAACGAACGCUACUCGAAGACCAUCUACGCGGUCAGCGAAACGAUGGGACCAACACCCAAAAUGGAGGGACCCACAGCGGCCGUGAUUGCGAAGCAACUGAACGAAUUGGUGCCGCUGGACAAGCUGGGGGAGCGUCGCCUUUACCGCGACAGCUGCUUGACCCAGCUGAGCAUUCUGAAGAGCAAGAUUAAUAGCAAGAAGUGAAGUAACAAACAUUACAACAUUAGAUACAAAAAGGAAUGUCAUUCACAUACGUAUAUUAAUAAUUAAUGCUUUUUUUUUAAUAAUUAAAAUGAUAUCAAGUAUAACCCGAGUGUCAAGGCAAUGAAAGAAGAAAACAAACAAAAUAAAACAAGCACUCGCUUCAACUCAACUUACAAAA